AUGCAAGGAAUCCAGACGACCACCUCUGAGCGGGAGCAGACCCGCGUCGAGCGCAUCGGCGCUCACUCGCACAUUCGCGGCCUGGGACUCGACCCCACCACUCUCGAGCCGAGGGGCAACAGUCAGGGCAUGGUCGGGCAGGGCAAGGCGCGCAAGGCCGCAGGAGUCAUCCUCAAGAUGGUCAAGGAGGGCAGGAUCGCGGGACGAGCGGUGUUGAUGGCGGGUCCGCCGAGUUCUGGCAAGACUGCUAUUGCGAUGGGCAUGGCUCAGUCUCUUGGCAGCGAUGUCCCCUUCACCAUGAUCUCGGCGUCCGAGAUCUUCUCGCUCGAGAUGUCAAAAACGGAGGCGCUGACGCAGGCUUUCCGUCGGAGUAUCGGCGUCCGGAUCAAGGAGGAGAGCGAGAUCAUCGAGGGCGAGGUUGUCGAGAUCCAGAUUGACCGCAGCUUGACUGGCGCCUCGAAGACGGGCAAGAUCACGAUGAAGACGACGGACAUGGAGACGGUCUACGACCUCGGAAACAAGAUGAUCGAUGCGCUGUCGAAGGAGAAGGUCAUUGCCGGAGACGUCAUCGUCAUCGACAAGAGCACGGGCAAGAUCUCGAAGCUGGGACGGUCGUUCACGCGGGCGCGGGACUACGAUGCGAUGGGUGCCGACACGAAGUUUGUGCAGUGCCCCGAAGGCGAGCUGCAGGUUCGCAAGGAGGUCGUCCACACUGUCUCGCUCCACGAGAUCGACGUGAUCAACUCGCGGACGCAAGGGUUCUUGGCACUCUUCGCUGGCGACACGGGCGAGAUCAAGGCCGAGUUGCGGGAUCAGAUCAACAACAAGGUCAGCGACUGGCGGGAGGAGGGCAAGGCAGAGAUCGUGCCGGGCGUGCUGUUCAUUGACGAGGUCCACAUGCUCGACAUCGAAUGCUUCUCCUUCCUCAACCGCGCUCUCGAGACCGAGCUCGCCCCCAUCGUCAUCAUGGCCUCGAACCGCGGCAUUACCCGGAUACGCGGAACGAAGUACAAGAGCCCGCACGGUAUUCCCAUCGACCUCCUCGACCGCGCCUUGAUCAUCUCGACUGGGGCGUACUUGGCCGACGACAUCAAGGAGAUCCUGUCCAUUCGCGCACAAGAAGAGGACGUCUCGCUCGCGCCUGCCGCGCUUGAGAUCCUCACCAAAAUCGGCUCCGAGACCUCGCUUCGCUACGCCAUCCAGCUCAUCACCCUCUCGAACCUUGUUGCUCGCCGACGAAAGGCGGCGCAGGUGGACGUGCCGGACGUCAGGCGUGUAUACACCCUCUUUCUCGACGAGAAGCGCAGUGUGCAGUUCCUCAAGGAGCAGAACUCGCUCCUGAUUGGCGAGGACGGCCAGAUUGGCGGCGGAGCGAGCGUGGACGCGAUGGAAGUCGCGUAG